GUUAUAUAUGUACAUUUUGUCUUAGUUUUUUAUCAAAAUUAUCAUAAAUUUCAGAAUUACCAUCAGCCAUAUAUAUAUUACAAUAUCUAUAAUUUUAUGGGAAACUCAAGCAAAAAAUGUAUAAUAUCUCGCCCUGCAACCUUCCAACAGCACUGUGAAUACUAGAUAUCAUUUGAUUUUGAUAAGAUUAGCCUUUCUCAAAACAAAAACAUAUAGGGAAUCUAAUUCCAGUUGAAAUCAAGUGAAUCUCUAUCAUUUUAAAAAAUAACUAAGUACUGAAAUAUCCAAAAAAUUCACACACACACACGCAUACACCAGAAGGCAUGCUCACUCACAAACAGACACAUAUGCAUGAUGCUUUCUUACCCAGUUUUCAGAUUAUAAUAUCUAACCCAUGCAUUCAUAAUUACCCUUUUUCAUCCUAUCCCAGUAAACACAAUUAUUAAGAUAACUUUUUUACAUGUUACUUUUAGUGAAUGUUUUGCUGAAACAAAGUUAGUGGCAUUUAAAAAAGGGAGUAUAUUGUUAUUGAAUUAUUUUUUGUGAUUUGUGAUGUCCAACCGCCACACACCACUUAACAAGCAACAGCUGCGACCUCCUUACUAAGGCAAUGGACAAGUUAGUUACCAUGAAGUCAAUUACUAGUCCUGCCUGAUCUCACCUAUUAACCCUUUUCCUUGGUUUUCAGAAUGAUCUUUAUUCAUUUUUCUUAUUCUUAUUAAUAUUGACAUCAUUAUAAUAUUCCCCAUGUCAAUAAUAAUAACAAAUAGCAUAUGAGGUAUUUGUUACAGAGAAAAUCGCACCCUCCAGAGACGAAGUCCUAAAACCAGGCUAUCAUGCGAACGCAAACCGAACCGUUCCUACAUUCUAUUAAUUCCCUAGACAGGGAGGAAAGCCCCCUGUACCCUCCUUUAUCAUCACUUUGUGCUAACUUACAGAAAAUGGACAUUAGAAAUCUGGCUGUGUGAGAAUGUUGUGGACUUAGUCUCUGAGUGGUGAUACACAUUGGAUAUUUUUGUCAUUUCAUGGUAAAUUUAAGGCCAGAGCAGCUGUACCUAUGUGUUAAUUACUCUAUUCUUUAUGCAGUAUAUUAUGGCAAUGUCCAUUUCCCUCUAUUUCUGUGUGUUCUUCAUGGUAACAUUAACUGCGUAUGAAAACAUGAACCAUUUCCCAAAAAAUCUAGUCCGGGGAUGUCAAGUGAGAGAAGGUAGGCCUACUAAUUGACAGCCUUAGUGACUAAAUACUUAUACAACCAUCUGUGUACACAAAAUUCACAAAACAACAUGACAGCGGAUAUUACAUUUAACUAGCACCAAUGAGCUAAUGAUAUAUUUCUAGAGAGAUCUACAAGCUCUACUUCAUUGGAAUAUACGUACUAGAUUUUCUCAUAUUGCUGCCGGUUUGCAGUGAGGAACAAAGUCAUGCAACUAAGUACGAGCCCAGUGCUGGACUUGCAACUGUCAUCUAGACAUUCAACUUUCAUUUUCUGCUUGAAGAUAGAAAUUCAGAAUAUUAUUUGGUAAUACAUAUAUUUAUACUACUUUAAUCUAGCCAAGCCUGAGUUAAGGCUCACACUCAGCCACUCUCCCUGUCUCAUGUCUCAAAAAACAUAAUUCACUCUCACCCACUCAAGUUUAAAAAUAUGUUCUAUGUAUAUAUUGCUUUUGAUCCAUUAUUCCGUUCUGCAAGCACCCUCUCUUCCCAACAGCGAGUAGGGCUUCGAGAGUAGCAUGAAAACGAAAGCCCAAAGACCCAUUUUCUCGCCUCGGCUGACGUAAAGGCCUCGGCUGACAUAAAGGCUUCGUCAGUGCGAGUCUGGCCUUGCUGACAUCGCCUCCCUUCACCCUGGCCUCUGGCCUCUGGGCGAGCUGUCUGGCGCUGGGGGAGGCCAUUAGGCAGGCCCACGGCGCCCAUGGGGAGGGAGCAAGUCACAGGGUUGACCAGAGGAGAUUCCAGAAUUAUACAUACUGAAGAAUAAUUGGCCAAGAGUAAUCGUGACUCGGACAGAGAAUUCUUGAAAAAAAAUCAGUCUCAACAAGAGGAUUUCCCUUUAUCAACGAUGCCUAGAAGGGUAAGACGACGCUGCUCAGAGGUUCCUUGACCGCGAGGAGCCCCCACGCACCACCCUUGCCCUCGAGUACACUUACGGCAGGAAGAGCGGAAAGACACUGGUGAAGGACGUGGGUCACCUGUGGGAACUCGGCGGGGGGUUGCUAUUCACGUCCCUGUUGGCCACGCCCAUUACCCCGCGCAGUCUGUCGCAGUUGACCGUGGUUCUCAUGCUGGACCUCUCUCGCCCCGAGACUAUCUGGGCGGACCUUGAAAAACUUCUCGCUACCUUGCAGGAGGAGAUACAGAAGGUGGUUGCGGAGACGCCGGGUCUGGUGGAGCAGCUGGAGGAGGCGGCGGCCAAGAGGCGCGUGCCUGACCACCAGGAUCAGGACAAGAUGACUCCUUUUCCGGUCCCGCUGGUCAUCAUGGGUGGAAAGUACGACCUCUUUCAGGAAAUGGAACCUGAGGGAAAGAAGGUCAUUUGUCGCGCGCUCAGGUUCGCAGCGCACACACACGGAGCGUCUCUGCAGUUCUUCUCCGCGCGCGACGCCGGACUCAUAAAGAAGGCCAAGGAACUCCUCAGCCACUUUGCUUUUGGCACCGUCGAGAGCAAAAGCGUGGCGCAGGAUUAUAACAAACCGCUAAUAAUCCCGGCGGGCAGCGACAAUCUGGGCGCCAUUUCGGGCACGAUGGACGACAACCACGCCAUGACACUGGAUGCUUGGAGGCACACCUUCACUGCAAGGUUCCCGCAAGAACACGAGGAGAAGUCGUCAGUGUUGCCAGAAGACCCAGGACGGGACUCGAGUUACAGGGAACCCGACGUCGACAACCUCCGCGCUCAGAAGAAUGAGGACCUGGAGCGAGUUCGGCGGGAGGUCGGAAGAAGCAGCGCGCGAUGGGCCGACCUCGACCUCUCGUAGCGCCCUCUCACGCAGACUGACUCCCCCCCCCUAUCGAGGACGAGUCAUCUUUAUCACACCAAGCGAGGCUGAUGGCCUUCUGAACUUCCCCUUGGAUGACGCCUGGGAUCUAGUGACGCCCCUGCGAGAUCCAUGCCAUGAGUCACCGCCCUCCGCUCUGCUAAUUGUCCUCAACUCGCAAUUAGCGGCGAUGAAUUAUUGACCUCACGACCUUUUACGAGGAGCCUGAAUGUCGUGUGAAUUCUAUUCUUGGCGUUGACAUGAGGAUAGAUUUUUUUUCGGGCUGCUCUUUAAGAAGGAACGUUGUCCAGAUGAAAAAUCGUUUGUCAAUUUAUCACUUCUCACUACAGGUUAAUCAUGAACUGAGUGGACAUUGCACUAAAGAUUACCCAUAGGUUUAACGAGUGAAUUCUUAUUUAGUUCAUUCUCAGUAUUCACUAAUGUUCUUAAGAUUGCGUGUAUUUACGAGGUAUCAACGCCUGUACUUAGGCUUUCACUUGCACAGAACACGUCCGUUUAUCUGAUGGCGUGAAGGUAAUUAUGAACCAUAAAUAUACUUUGAAAUCUACUUUUCUAUCUAAUAUCAGAUGGCAUUAGUUUACCAAAGAAGCCAUAUGAGGGUAAACUUAAUUUAUAGACGACUGUAUUGUGUGGUCUUAACAUACCUGUCGCAUGAUAGGGUACAAGUAAAUCAACUUAUUUUUUAUACGUGAAAUAGGUAUGGAUUAAUGACUGAAAAAUGACGAAUAAGAAGGCAGAGAUAUAUUUCAGAUUAAAGAAAAAAUAAGUAAAUAAAUAUAUAUUUUUUAGUUAA